AUGGAAAAAUGGCCCAGCUACCACCCUGCCCCGUCCUACAAGCCGGCGCCCCACCACCCGGCCCCGUCUUACAAGCCCGCCCCCUACCACCCUGCUCCGUCUUACAAGCCCGCUUCUUACCACCAGGAGCCCCAGUACAAGGAGGAAGCCAAGCUUUUCGCUUACGACUAUGCUGUCAACGACCACUACUCCGGAGCUAGCUUUGCCAAGAAGGAAGAGAGCGAUGGCCACGACACCCAGGGAUAUUACUCGGUGGCUCUGCCCGACGGCCGUAUCCAGCACGUCAAGUACGUCGCCGACCACUACGGCGGCUACAACGCUGAGGUCACCUACGAGGGAGAAGCCACCUUCUCCGACUACCACCCCGCCCCUGCCUAC